AUGUGUUCAAAAUUGAAAAUGUAUAUUGGAAGGAAGCUGGUUGAUAGUCUACCCAAAUCUUUCGAUGUGUCUCCUGUGCAAUUGAAAUCACUUAUACAAUUAGGUCCUUCGCGCAAUAAAAAUACUAUUGAGAUGAACUUGCCUUUAAACGCUCUAGAGAACCAAGUAGGCAUUCCUUACAUAAAUCAGAUGCUGAAAUUGGAACCCGAUGAUAUAAUAAAGAAUAUUCAUUACGAAAAGACACGUUCCAACAGAGUGUUACAAUUUGAAAUAAACAAGAGCAUUUUUAUUAAAGAUGUAAUGGAAAGCCCUAUUAUCCUUCUUAAUGAACGUUUUCCCAUGAACGUAGUGGUAGAAUACAGCUCCCCAAACGUUGCCAAACCGUUCCACGUGGGUCACCUACGGUCCACAAUAAUAGGAAACUUUCUUUCCAAUUUACACAAGCAUUUAGAUGAUAAAGUAACAAGGCUGAAUUAUUUAGGUGACUGGGGCACACAAUUUGGUCUUAUAAAAGUAGGUGUGGAAAAACUCAAUUAUACAGUAGACAAGAUCAGAGAAAAACCUAUUGAACGUUUAUAUGAAUCAUAUGUCUAUGCAAAUAAAUUGGCCAGUGUAGAUGAUAGUAUAAAGAAAUUAGCACGAGAAGAGUUCCUCAAACUCGAAAAAGGAAGUCCUAAAGAUAUGGAAGAUUGGAAGAUGUUCAUCUCAUUCACUAUCGAGGAAUUAAAGAAUACUUAUCAGCGAUUAGGAGUCGAAUUUGACGAGUACAAUUAUGAAUCCAUGUAUGGGGCAAGGGAAAUCGAAAGCAUCAUUAGUCUAUUAAAUAACAAACAAAUAAUAAAGACCAGCGCUGACGGUAAAAAGGUUGCGAUGGUAAACGACCGUGAAGUGGCCGUUUUAAAAAGCGACGGGGGCACUUUGUAUCUCCUAAGGGAUAUUGCGGCUGCCAUUGAUCGUUACAAUAAGCACCGUUUCGAUCGAAUGUACUAUGUUGUAGAAAACGGACAGAACGACCACUUUCACGCCCUCCAAACCAUCUUACACAUGCUCGACAUGCCCUGGACAGACCGGCUGAGACAUGUCAAGUUCGGUCGCAUACAUGGCAUGAGCACUCGCAAAGGGAACGUUGUCUUUCUGAAGGACAUCCUCGACGAAAUGCGAGAAAUUAUGGCCAGCAAACAGAUCAAAUCGCCAAACACGAAAAAAACCGCGAUGGACACUGAAACUCAAGACAUUCUGGCCGUAUCCUGCGUUAUUGUUAACGACCUCAAACAGAGAAGACAACGAGACUACAAAUUCAAUUGGGAGAAAGCGUUACAAGCGGACGGGGACACCGGUAUAAAGCUGCAGUACACACACAGUCGAUUGUGUAGCUUGCAGAAUAAUAGCGGGGUUAUUCCUGCAGGAGUUUGUCGUCCAGAGCUCGUUGACGAACCGGAGGUGACAAAUAUAGUGAGAGAAAUAGGGAGGUUCCAGGAUAUUUUGAUGAAGACCGAAGAGCAACUAGAAGCUUGUAUACUUGUUGUAUACCUGUUCAACUUUUGUAAUACCAUCAGUCGAGCCCUGAAGGUCCUCCGAGUGAAGAACGAAGACCCGGUGGUCGCUUCCCAAAGAUUGAUGGUAUUCUUGAAAGCCAAAGAAGUCCUCAAUAAAGGGAUGAAAGUGUUAGGAUUGCAACCGUUACAAGAAAUGUAAGACAAAAACUUAAUAAAUAUUUUUACCUCAAAUAAGAAACAAAUAUUGUGAUCGUAGACCUAGACUUAUCGUUAGACUGCUGUUUUUACAAUUUCUAAUAAAUAAAAAAGUAUAUACAACAUACGAUAGGAUAUUUUUUCUGGAUCACAAAAAAAAAUCGUCGUUAAUAUACUCUAUUUCAUUAUAAUGUAUUUAAUAGUAACAUUAAACAAUAUAAUUGAUGAAGUACAAAAUAAUAUAUAUAUUUAUAUAAUGUGAUGGACGCAUUUACACACAAAAAAAUAAGACGAGAUGAUAAAAACCCUUUAACAAGAUUUAUACAACUUAAUAAAUAAUUAGGAA